UGACAUUCCUUGACCCAAACCCAAUUAAAAGAUCCAUCACAAAUAAAAAAGGUAUCUUCCCUUCUCCAUUACAGUUAGGAGCUGAAGGUUUUGCUGUUGGGUUCUUGUACACGAUUGUUGACACUAAUCACUCAUGCUUUGGUUCAUCUGAAGAACAGAGGAACACAGAAUUUGCUCAUGCUUUGGGGCAUUUAAUUAUGUCUGCUCCAUUUGCUCAGUGCUCAAGUGCGAAAAGAGCUUUAGUUAUUGAAUCAAAAUGAACAUCUUUAUUAUAAAUUAAAGACUAUUUCAAUAUACUAUUGAGGUCCAUAAUCAAUACUCUCUACUCAAUAUGUGGUAUCCACAUUAGAAUAAAGCAUUACUGGACUAUUUUGGUCAUUUUCUGAAGUUGACCCAUAAAGCUAUGUAGCUCCUCUGGGUUUACUUUGAGUCAAUGGGGGAUAAAUGGUUGUUGUCAGAUGGUGAUUGUUGUUUCGCGGAUCAGCAGAACUCUAAAAUUCCCCCCAUGGCUUCCCAAAUUGAAUCUGUCCAAAAAUGGAAAUUUGAUGUAUUCUUUAAUUUUAGACUGCAAGACUUGGACAAUAGCUUUGUUGCUGAUCUUUACGAACGUCUGAAAGACAUGGGAAUCAACGUAUUCCAACCCGAUGUCAUGUCUGAAAGCGGAGAACAAAUUUCAACUGAAAUCUUAGAUGCCAUUGAGGAAUCAAGGAUCGCCAUUACUAUCUGUUCCAAGGACUAUACUUCAUCCCCACGGUGCUUGGAAGAACUCACUAAGAUCAUGGAGUGUGUUGACAACAAGGGACUGGAAUUCUUCUUUGUCUUCUAUAAAGUUGAGCCAUCAGAUGACUUGAGGCCAACAGGCACCUUUGAUGCAGAUCUCAAGGGUUCUGAUUUGGAGAAGGUGCAGAGGUGGCAGGACGCUCUCCGUAAAGCAGCUGACAUGGCAGGAUUAAAAGAUUAUUUUUCUGGAGCUGAAUUAUCCCAUUGGAACAAUGGAAAAUGUAUUGAGGAAAUUUCUAACAAGAUAUGUCAGGUUCCAAGAGUUGCAAAAUAUCCUGUGGGAAUCAAAUCCCGCGUAGAGGAAGUAAAAUCGUUGUUGAAAAUUGAAUUUGGCGGUGUUUAUUUUAUCGGGGUAUGGGGAAGGGGUGGUGUGGGGAAGACAGCAGUUGUGAGAGAAAUUUUUGAUGAGAUCUCUUGUCAAUUUGAAGGGUCUUGCUUUCUUAAUGUCAGGAGAUUUUUAGAAAAUCUUGGACCAGAAGGCCCAGCACUUUUGCAACAGAAGCUUCUUGUAAAAAUCUUGAAGGAACAUCCUUUGAAUGUAGCCAGUUCAAAUAAAGAAGUUGAUAUAAGCCAAAUACUUCGUUUCAAGAAGGUUUUAAUUGUUCUUGAUGAUGUGUAUAACAGCCACCAAUUGGAAUAUUUGGCUGGACAGCAUGAAUGGUUUGGGGAUGGUAGUAGGAUCAUUACAACCACUAGAAACUGUGAUUUACUUAGCAAGCAUGAUGAGUUUUAUUGUGUCCCAGAACUGACAAAUCAUGAGGCUUUAGAACUUGUAAGUUGGCACGCCUUUCAACAAGGAACUCCUGUUAAAGAGUUUCAAGAGCUCUCGUGCUGCAUAGUAGAUUAUGCGAAAGGCUUACCCAUAGUAUUGGAGGUCUUGGGUUCUUUUCUUUACAAACAAAGGGAAGAAAGAACACAGUGCAUUGCAUAGACUCAACAGUUUAAGGGAUGGGAAAA